UACAAAUUCGUGACGCAGAGCGGUGACAGAAUUUGGAAAAUUCGGCAGGGAGGGCGACGGCCGCGGCGGUGGAGGUGGCGGUGGCGGAGGAGAUUAGGCGCUGAGUUUUUCUUCAAGGUUCCUAUAUUGCAUUUGCUUGACGCGUCCUAUCUCCUCCUAGACGCGGCAUCCCUCUCUGACUCUGUUGCUUGCGAGGUGUCGAUUCGAGUUUAUAGGAGGGCUUUGAUCUCUCCUGGGUUCCAGGCGGCCGAGGCGACGACUUUUAUAGUAUUCUGGGGGAAUAAGGGUGUCUGCGAUGUCCGGAGGAGACGUGAAGAGUGGAGAUUUCUACGAGGUUUUGGGGCUGAGGAAGGAGUGUUCCGAAGCCGAGGUCAGGAAUGCGUACAGGAAGCUCGCCAUGAAAUGGCAUCCAGAUAAGUGCUCGGCGUCCGGGAGCACUCAGAGCAAGGAGGAAGCGAAAGAGAAGUUUCAGGAAAUCCAGAAUGCCUACUCUGUUCUCUCAGACUCAAACAAGAGAUUCCUCUACGACGUCGGCGUCUACGACAAGGAAGAUGACAAUGACGAAUAUGGGAUGGGGGAUUUUUUGGGGGAGAUAGUCCAGAUGAUGAGCCAAACAAAACCUGUUACGAGCAGCGACGACAGCCUAGAGGAGCUGCAGAAGAUGUUUGUGGAGAUGUUCCAGGACGAUCUGGAUCCUGGGUUAUGUGGUCCAUGGACUCAUUCAACUAAUGCCCGAGAUAAUUCGACAUCACGAUCAGGGAUGCAGUUUGCAAAUCGUGGAUACAAGCGGUGCAACUCUUCCGUGAAUUCUGGAAAGGCAAAUUUGGAUGGAUUGGAAUUUAGUUCCUCGGGAUUCUGUGCUGGGUUGAAUGAUGUAGGGCAGUCAUCAAAAGGAAGAGGCGGCAUUAAUAAUAGCAAGAGAAGGAGUGGAAGAAAGCAAAAGGUUUCAUCUAAACAUGAUGUCUCAACCUAUGAUGCUGAUGUCUCUGUUUGGAAAUUCUAGUUUCUUCAGUUUCCCCAUUUCUUAUUCUUGGGUGAAUUUUCCCCUCUUCUCUAUAUUUCUUAGUAUAGCAGUGAACUAGUAGUUACCUUGAAUCCGUCGACUAAAAUAAACUUUCAGAUGAUUUCUCUUUUCCUUGGAUUGAAUUGGGAGUGUACCGUUAUAUGCCAACAAGCAAGACUAACCUACUGGUAGUUGUUAUGCCUGCCUUAAUGUAAAUAUACCUUGUUUCUGUUUCUAUUUCUGUUUGUGUUUCA